UCCACCACUAGGUCGAGUCUAAGAGGAGGAGGAGGUGGAAGAGGAGGAGGAGGAGGGAUGAGGCGCGCGGUGGAGGGGAAAUGGCUGCCGAAAACAAGCCGGAAGGAUUGAAGAAGAUAAGAAAUCCAGAGCGAAUGGUCCGGAUUGCUGUUGGUUACACAGGACACACCCCUCCCAAGAGUGACGACACUGACGCCAACAAUGAGCCAGGCCAGUUGAAGAUCUACCUUCCUAAGAAGCUGCUAGAGUGUCUGCCCAAAUGUUCCUCUCUGCCCAAGGAGCGCCAUCGCUGGAACACCAACGAGGAGAUUGCUGCAUAUCUCAUCACUUUUGAGAAACAUGAUGAGUGGCUGACGACAUCGCCAAAAACCAGGCCUCAAAAUGGCUCUAUGAUCCUCUACAAUCGUAAGAAGGUGAAGUACAGGAAGGAUGGCUACUGCUGGAAAAAAAGGAAAGACGGGAAGACCACCAGAGAGGAUCACAUGAAACUCAAAGUCCAGGGAGUAGAGUGUCUGUAUGGCUGCUACGUCCACUCCUCCAUCAUCCCCACCUUCCAUCGUAGAUGCUAUUGGCUGCUGCAGAAUCCAGACAUUGUGCUUGUGCACUACUUGAAUGUACCGGCAGUGGACGAUAGCGGGAAGCCAUGUGGUCCUGUCCUCUGCUCCAUCAAUACAGACAGGAAGGAGUGGGCCAAGUGGAGCAAGGAAGAGCUCAUUGGACAACUCAAACCCAUGUGUGCUGGAAGCAGCCUGCAUCAAAAAUGUUCCAGUGUCAAGCAGCGCAUCAUCUCAUCCAAGCAGGAGUCAGGAACAGCAGCGGGAGGUGGAGGUGCAGCAGGUACGGGUGUUGCGGCAGGCCAGAGAGCUGAGGAAGCAGAUGGCACAGAGGUUCAGAACAGCGAUGUGUCAGAGGGCCAGACAGAGCCCAGUCCUGGAGGGGGCAGGAGUAGAGCGGGUGGAGGAGAGAGGAGGAAUGGCAGGAUAAACAACAAACCAUCCCUACUCCCACAGAGCAGCAUGGAAGUGUCCUCAUCUACCUCCACCAACCAGGUGGAGGUCCCUGACACCACCCAGAGCUCCCCAUUGUCAAUCACCAGCGACAUGGCUGAUAGUCCCGCUCUGGCUGUUGGGGCAGGCUUGACACAGAGCACAGCUGUGUUCAUGUCUGAGGUCACCACGCUGACUGGUGAUUCGGUGUACUCUGCAGGCCACACCCACUUGCUGGCAUCCACCCAUGAAAGCCCCACCGCUAGCAUCCUUUUGGCCGUCGCCCCUGAAAACCAGAGGUUUGCUUCGUUUCCGGGUGGUGUGGGCUUAGGGGAGGCCGGAGAGUUGGUUCUGUCUAGCUCUUUAGACUCUGGUGGAGGAGUCAGCAUUCCUGAGACCACCAUGAACUUUGAUCCUGAUUGCUUCCUCAACAAUCCCAAGCAGGGCCAGACGUAUGGAGGAGGUGGAGGGAAGGCUGAGGGAUGUAACGCCGAUCAUGGAGGACUCCACGGCUCCUCCAACGGCUUCAUUUACAACCCAGCCCUUGUUAACAACAUUAAGACGGAACCUACACCCUUGGAGCCUCCGCUGGCCGCUCAGAGCAGCUAUGUAGGGGAAGGGACGGGCCUCAGUCCCAGCACCACCCUGGAGCAGAUGGACUUCAGUGCUGUGAUGUCAUCGUCCUGUGUCCCAAAUCUGAGCCAGCCUGCACACCACCCCUCCCCCAGCCUCUUCCUCCAGGCCUCCCCCCAGGCAAACCAGCCCUCAAAGAUGCAGACCAAUGGUACUGAGGCCACACAGGAACCAGGCAAGGCCCAAGCUUUUAUCGGCCUGCCCACGGUACAAACAGACAUACCAGUCACCAAUGGAGACCCGCAUACAAACCUCCACCAAGCCAGCCCAAACCUGCAGGGGCUGUGUGGAAGGAAUAGAGAAGAAGCAGCUAUGGGCUCUUUUCCUCUGAAACCACAGGAUACGACCUCCAAGCAGUCAGGCAGCAGGGGACAUCAAGAGGUAGGAGGCCUAGAUAAGACUUCUCAGAAUGGAGGGGAGUUGCUUCUCAAGUCCGGAGAUCCUCACGUUGCCUACACAAGUGUUGACACCGAACACUACCCGCAACCCACUGAUGACAAUGGAGGAGGAGAAGAGGGAAGAGGUUGUGGAGGACUACGGGAAAACGCAAUUCUCUGUAAUGGGGUUAGCUUGUCAGGGGCAAAUAGUUCUGUGGUGGCCAAUAGCCAGUCAAUAGCUGCUGGUACAAGCAUCGAGGGGGCACUUUAUAGCUCUCCUCUUCCUCAGCAAGGGGUGGGGGCAUCAACUACAACAGCAGGGGCAGGAGCAGCCAUUAGUCUGGAAGGCUUUGAGGCUUCCUUUGGAAGCCAAUUCUCUGAUCUUAUCAAUGAUUUCAUCUCAGUUGAGGGGUCUGGAGGUGGGGUGGGGGCAGCUGUGACCGGGGUUCUAAUGCCUCAGGAGGGGGCGGCAGGAGAGGAGCGGGGCACGGGAGCAGGCCACCUGCAGGGCUCUGAGGUGGAGCAGGGAGCUCUGGGACUGCUCCAGGAGACUGGGAGGCUGUUUGGUGUGACAGACUACUCCCCAGAGUGGUCUUACCCAGAGGGUGGAGUGAAGGUGCUUAUCACAGGUCCGUGGUUGGAGUCGAGCAGUGAGUACAGCUGUCUCUUUGAUCACAUCAGUGUCCCUGCUGCACUCAUCCAGCCUGGGGUGCUGCGCUGCUACUGCCCAGCACAUGACACAGGACUGGUGAUGCUGCAGGUAGCUAUGGGCGGUGAUGUCAUCUCUUCCUCUGUGGUGUUCGAAUACAAGGCACGUGACCUUCCUGCCCUGCCAUCUUCUCAGCACGAUUGGCUGUCCCUCGAUGAUACCCAGUUCAGGAUGUCCAUCCUGGAGCGUCUGGAGCAGAUGGAACAGAGAAUGGCUGAGAUAACCAAUCAAAACCCCAGUUCAGAAACCAUGGCAACCAGGGAUGGAGGAUUGGAGGGAGGAGGAGCUACUGAUCAGCAAUCUCAAAUUUCUACUGAUCAAGGUUCGUUCGAAGGUCGUGUUGUGGUGGUUUGUGAGAAGAUGAUGUCUCAGCCCUGCUGGGCUUCGUCUAAUCAGCUCGUCCACAGCAAGAACUCCAGAGGAAUGACCUUACUGCAUCUGGCUGCAGCUCAGGGCUAUGCAGGGCUCAUUCAGACACUCAUUCGAUGGCGUACAAAGCAUGCAGACAGUAUUGACCUCGAGCUAGAGGUGGAUCCUCUCAACGUAGACCACUUCUCCUGUACUCCAUUGAUGUGGGCAUGCGCUCUGGGCCACACUGAGGCAGCAUUGGUGCUUUAUCAGUGGGACCCAAGAGCUCUGGCUAUUCCUGAUUCGCUUGGACGCUUGCCGCUCAAUAUUGCCCGAUCCCGGGGCCACACUCGAUUGGCUGAGCUCUUAGAGCAGCUGACUCCCCACGCUCAGAGCCAGUCUGCUGACCCUUGGAUGGACAGGUGGAGAGGAGAGUCACAGACCAGCAGAAUAACCAACAGCCCUACGUCAAACCCUAACUUAGAGCUGAGGAGAGGCAGGACGGAGAGCCAACCAGACAACCGGAAUGCGAACUGGAGCCAAACAGGACACCGAGCCCAGCAGGGAACCCAGGGAGAACGGGGAGGCCCACCCCCAGCCAAGAGACUCAAACCCAGCCCCGACACCCAGCAACAGUUAGCUAACUCAACCCCCGGUACCAACACCCUCUCCACCCUCCUCAACGCGUCUCUUAGUCCUAACCCUCAAUGCUCUCUCCUCCCCAACACUCUACAAACUCAACCCUCCAACCUUAGCUGUCAGAACGCACCUCCGGCCAGCUCCAGCCCUAAUCGACCUCAGCUCCCCAGCCCUCCAUUCUCCCACCUGCAGGCCAGGAUAGGGGAGUUUGGAGGGGGCAACAGCUGGAGUCCGAGACAGACUCUGGGGCAGCGUAGCCUAGCCAGGAGGAUUCUAGGAAAAGAACGACUGGCCAUUCACCUGCGCCAAAGGGUGCUGUGUGACAGGGGAGAGGAGACGGAGCUGCUGACCUAUCAGGAUAACACAGAGGACCUGCAGAUGGACAUUACGAUGCUUGCUGAUCACAUUGCGGAGGCUUCAACUUGUAGGCUUAAGCAGGAGGAAAUGGCAACUGAAACAGACCCCAGGAUCAGCGCUGAUGUCAAAUUACUGUCUGGUUACCUCGGUGAGGUGGAGAGGUUUCUAAACUCUCAGACUUCGAGCCCCAAACCAAACUCUCUCUCGGGGCCUGAGGAUCAGCAGAGUCCACAGGCUAAAGAAGCCCUACCCUCCCUCUCUGACUGGACCUCCUUCCUCUGUGCAGCUAUGAAAGAAGAGCGGUUGAAAAGUGACUCCUGCCUAGCCAUGACUGAGGCAGAGCACGGGGAGCUGUAUGAGACUAUCAGGCAUGCUCUACACUCCCUCAGAAAAAACAAGGGUCCCAUUCAGGAGCAACGUAAGGAGAUUGCAGCAGUGAUUCAGCGCUGCUAUAAGAGAUACAAGCAGUAUGCACUUUAUAAGAGGAUGACCCUGGCAGCCAUCCUGAUCCAGAGUCGUUUCCGGAGUUUCUAUGAGCAGAGGAAGUUCCAACAAAGUCGAAGAGCAGCGGUCCUCAUCCAGCAAUACUACCGCUCCUAUAGACACUCCCUUGGCAGCCUCCUGACAAAAAAACAGAACCAGGCUGCUCGCAAGAUCCUGAGAUUCCUGCUCCGAUGCCGCCACAGCCCCUUGAUGGACGCCAGACCGCUGAAACGGGGUGAAAGAGCAGAGAAAGGCCAAGGGUCCUGAGAGCCCACCUCUAGGCCCACAUGCAAAGCCCCCUCAGCCUGUGAGCAAUCUAUAAACCCAACCUGCCCUCCAUCUUCUUCCUUUAUUCCAUCCUCCCAAAAACUCGUUCCAUUUUCCAUCCCUAAACCCCUCUCCUGUCCUUUCCAUUUCUGCCCUUUCCUUCUUUCUCAUCCUAUCUUCCUUCUUCUUUCAAGAGGGCAAAAAACUCUUCCCAGACAGACUGAGGACAGGAAAGGUGUCCAUCAUGGCAGCUCAGACAGACAGACUGCUGGGUAGAGUCAAGGGACCUGGCUCCACCCACAGCACUGAUCCUCCUCCAGUUUCACUGGGAGGCCAUCACAUUAACCUCAUGGCAUUCUUUGCACUCCUCAUGGGUAUGUUUCUUUGCAAGAGCAAGUCGACGAGUCAGACAAGAGGGCACAAGGAAGCGCCUGGCGACGACAUCCUGACUUUCAUGGCAGCGUCUGGACAUGCUGGCUCAAGAUAAAAGCUACUUUGACAUGCAUAAAAUAUACAAACUCUGUUGGAUUUUGUAUCCAAACAGUAAUCCAUGAAAGAAUAAGACAACAUAAACCAAAAAACUCAUUUCUGUGUUGCAUUUGCAUGCAAGGUUUUUUCGCUUAUUCCUCCUCUCCAUCACCCUGAAGAGCUAUAGUGGCAAAUCAUUCUGCUAAUUCAGUAUAUCACAGUAUCCCCAAACACUCUGACUCACAGGCUUACAAACCUAUUAAUCUGUCACCCGAUCAAAGAGGAGGAACUGCACUUGAAUGUAAGAGGGGCAUUGUUAGAUAAGGGUUGGGGUCUGAAAAACGAUGUCUUAAUUUGUUACAUGGACUUUGUAUGGAGUCGUUCUCAGAGGCAGCACUUUGCUCGCCUGAAGUGGUGUGUCCGUGUUUGUUCAAUGCAUGUGUUUGAGCUAUGAGCUCCUGCAUGCUUGCCAAACUGCUUUAGUGUUGUUUAUUUUGUAUUUCUAUGUGUAGUUGUGUCUCACUUAUGUCCUCAUCGACUUAUCCUUGCCCUGUGUAAUGUGAACUGUGUAAGGACAAAUGACUUAUUUUGGGUGCUUUUUUUAAACUUUAUUUAUUUAUUUACGGUUCUGAUUAUUUAUUUAAUUGGCUCAAGAGUGGUUCAGCUUGAGACUGGUUUUCCCCCCUUGUGUGGUAAAAAAUGACAUGUCCCAAUGGUUAAAUGUCUCUUGUUAGUUUGUUCUUUGCGUGAACCGCUAAAUCCUAACUGCGGUUUUGAAGAGAGAGUCACAUACCAUUGCCUUGACUUCUUGACUCUGAGAGGUCUCUAUGCUUGCUCUGUACAGGACAUGGGUCAUAUAUCUGCCCCUAUACAGGGCAUUGGUCCCCAUACUAGCCUAUAUGGGCAAUCAAAUCCAUAUUUUGGACUAUUGCAUAUUCCUGUAUAUAAACUGACGAGGUAAGGGAAUACAAGGACCCUGACACUUUUUCAUAAGAGGACUGUAUUUAAGAUUAUAAAUUAUUUUACUCCCAUAAUGAGAAUUUAAGACAGACCUGGGUACACAGGAUGGCUGUAUUGCUUGUAAAUAUUGUAAAUAUUACAAACGGAAUAAUGUGCAUGAGAUUUAAGACAAAAAGAAGAUGUUAGUGGCUAUGGACUGUGAGAGGAUUUUAACUGCUUCACUUUAAGAGUAUCCAGUAUAAGUGUUACUGAAAAGAACAUUUUGUUAAAGCAUGCAACUGAAAAAUCUAAUGUUAGAAUUGUAAGUGGAAAAAGAAACAACAAUCUUUCAGACAAAACAUUUACAUUUUGUGCUUUUGUUUCUUGGCUAGCAAAAAUUAAACCCUUUUUGCCAGUAGUGCCAAUUAUUAUGAAUGCUAUUUUGCGGAACAAUAUGUUAUGUUGGCGAACCCAACACCCAAAAGAUAUCAGUAAGAUCCACAGAGGCAAUAAACCUCGUAAGAGAUCUCGUACUAGCAUAGACAAGCUUUGGGGUUUGUCUAAGGCAAACGUAAGUGUAGACAACCAUGAUGCAAGUAUGAAAAUGAUACUAAUGGUGAUGAUAAUGGUCAUUGUAAUAUGAGUACAAUGAAUGAUGACCCAAAACGGGGAGAGGGCGCUACAUUAUUUAACAAUGUGGUUGUGCUUCAGCAACAUAUUAGCUUUUAUUAAGACCAUUAGUCACACCUGCAGAGGACCCAGCCUGGCCUCAAGUCAAAGCUUUCCAUCUUUAAACAGAAUGUCUCCUUUCCCCGCUUUUAUCAUAUCAUUUGGUUAUGUUUUCUUUUUCUCCCCAUUUUCACUGCCAUUAUGAUACAACAUGUACUUUUGACUUCUGGAAAGCUCUGUUUAGAAAGUGCCUGCUCAAUAACAGAAAAGUGCAAGCUAAUAUCAGGAAAUAUCUAUUGUAUGUCCUCCAAAAGGUUGCCAGUUACCUGUUUAUUUUCCUAAAUUGUGUGUUAAAAGUGAACUUGACAGUGUUUAACUUGAUCUGAGUCUAAGUAAGAAGCUCUAAUUUGUCAGUGGUAUGAAUGAAUGCUCAUGGCCUGAUUGACUCUGUGUUUUGCUUUAUGAGAUAAACCAGUAAUUACAGUAUCACUUCAUGCCCCACUUGUGUGUCAGUUUUGCAGAAUUAUAGGUAUUAUUAUAUUAUAGGAAACCCAUCAGCCUCUGUGUAUGAAAGGCAUUGUCACGAGUCUAUUCAACAUCCUGCUCGCUGUUGGGAAGAUGAUGUGUUUUCUCACAAGGACUCACUUUCUCUGUCAUUCUUUAAAGGAAUUAUCUUGCAGCAUUUAAACAAAAGCAUUACCCGACAGUUUUUCAGAGGACAAAAUAGCUGUCACUUCUUCAUUUUCUUUCUCUCUCACACUUAUGUGCGCGAACACACAUUAACAGUACACAAAUGUACACGUUCAGAAACAGCCACACGCUAUCUCUCUGUACUUAUGUCUUUGGGAACAAGUAAAUCUCUCCCUUAGAUUUUACUCAGGGUUGAAGAUCAGAGGGAUGGUAUGUGGAGUGUGAUGAUUGCUGAAACAGAGUUGUACUUCUGCUGAUGAUCGUGUACAUUUGUGUGUGCAUAUGUAUAUGUAUGUAUUUGUGUAUGUUAAGGAUACUCCAGCUGUUCAUUCACUAACCUAUAAUUUUCAAAUGUUCAAUUCCUGUUCUUGAUUGAUGCACUCAAGUGUGAUGCUUCAUCAAGCUGCCUUUGCAGAAAAUUUUCUACAAGAAACUCCAAAUCCAGUAUUUUAUAGGAUCUUGUUUGAAGAUUAUAGACUAAAUUGAAGGCAAGUAAUAGGUGUUAUUUCUAUUAAAAUACGCACAGGAUUCUUGAUACAAAUAGUUCUUAAAUAACAAGUGGGCAAUGGCCAUACAUCAUCUCAAUUGCCUUAAGUAAAAAAACAAAAGUCAAGGGAUCGUAUAUUCACAAUUGGACGGGCUCUGUUAUGCGUGUUUAACAUGUUUUCUGAAUCUCCAUCAUACUGAGAGACAGCCACGGUAAGGACUGUCAGGAGCAUUUGUGCUAACAAACAUCCUCUUAAACUGCGCCCACUCUCACAUCAGCACACUCCGGUCAUAAAGAACACUGCUUCUGGCCUCCUUUUACAUAUAAAUAUAUAUUAUAUAUAUAUAAACACACAUACACACAUACAGUCAGAUAUACACAUAGGUCAGCAAAUGCGCUCAUCAGCACACAGAAUACACAUACACAUGAAGCAGAUCAAUAUGUUCAUGUUUUUGGAGAGGAUGGUGACUGUAAAAAGAGUAUAUAGAGUAGAAGAAGUUUAAAAAAAUUAUAACACUAAGAAAAAUGCCAUAGUAGACAACUGGUAGACAUGCGCAGAGAUGGCCUCUGUUCUCAUAAAUCUGCCUAUAAAUGAAUGGCAUAACCUUUCAGGCCUUGUUUUGAGAGGGUGUGGCCAAACACCACAUUGCAUGCUAGAAUGGUAGACCGUCAUAGAUAAUCUAUGGUUAGACCUCUCCUCGCCUUCUUCUUAUUUCACUCUCUCUCAUUUCCUGCUGUAUUCCCACCUUGCCUGCUAUUGUGUUCUCCAUGCCAAUCUCAGUCUUUCAUUCCUCAUUUAUUUUUUGUAGCCUAGUUUUUUAUUUAUUUGUUUUACAAACGUGCAUGCACAAGCAUCACUAAAUUGUUGAUGUUUUUAAAAGAAUAUUUUGUUGCUGAGGCCAUGCAAAGUGUUUUGAAUAUUGCCCUUAUAUGUGGAAAAUGUCUUCUGAAUGCUUUACAUAAUUUCUGCUGUAAAAUGAAAUCAGAAUAAAAAAGAAAAUUUGCACUUUAA